AUGAAAUUCUUCGAGGCCAUUUUCACGGUCAUAUUAAUCGCCGAUAAUGUUAUUGGAUAUUAUGUUGUUGUUCAGGAUCAACCAACAAGACAAAGUUAUGAAGAAAAAUUCCGGGAGUUUCUUGAAGUUAAGUUACGUGAAGUAAUGAAGCAAGGAGAUAUAGUGUUGGGAAUCCCUGUUCUUGAUCCUUUUGUUGGAAAUGAUAAAACUAUUGAGUACAACAGUCAAAACCUUGCGUUAUUUAGUGGAACGGGAAUCUUCUGUAACAACAGUACAUCGAUAGUAUUGAGCCAAGUAAUAUCAGAUGUAUUACCGGAAAUAGUAACUGUUUAUUAUCAUGACAAUAUAACGGCGAUGGCUUCUGAGAAAAUAAUUGAUAUGGCUAAUGAAAAGCUAGAAGGUAUAACUUGGGAAGAUUUACUCCAAUUAAUUGGUUAA